UAAGUGUUAAACAACCGUAAUUGUGGCGCAAAAGAGUGAACCUGGCUCCCUAUAAAACUAGACGAUGAUGCUCAAAUUAAGGACAACACCAUCCCAACUCCAUCUGCUGAAACACUCUGUCCUGAAGAAACUAAUUGAAUUGCUAGAACAACAAGCAAUGGAAGGAAAAGAAAGUAGCCUAUGGCUACAUAACUCCCAUUUGAUGUUACUAUGGUUAUGUUUUGGAUCAACCCUUGUGUUUUCCUUAACAGCAAGCGUAGAGAAUAGCCACAUAAAAUACCGUCAGCAGCCGAGACUGAGGCUCGACGUGGCGAAUCUUAGAGCGGAAACCUACAUUGAUUUUAUUGAUAAUCUGCGUAAUCGAUUGCGCGAUCCAAACGAGGACACAGCGCAUUGGCAUGGCUAUAAUGUGCUGCGCGAGGCUGGUGAUUUACUUCUUGUGGAACUCUCAAAUGGAGAAACGGAAUCUGUUACGUUUGCGAUAAAUGUGACAAAUGUAUAUGGAAUUGCUUUUCGUGUAGAAAAUCAUGUGCACUAUUUUGCAAGUACUCCUCCAAUUGAUGUUCAAAAUGCUUUCCCAGAUGUUGCACCUCAAAAUCGGCAUCUGCUCCCUUUCGGAGAGGGUUAUGAUUCCCUACAAAGUGCAGCAAAUGUGGAUAGGGAUCAAAUCGAUUUGGGAGCGGAUCCACUACAGAGUGCUGUCACGUCCCUCUAUUAUGAUAGCAGGAACGGGCCAAUCAAUUACCGAACCCAGCGACGUGCAGCUAGAAGUAUUAUCAUUUGGGCUCAAAUGAUUGCAGAGGCGGCACGGAAUUUUGUCAUUGCUGGAAGAAUUUCCACAUGGAUUCAUAACUCCGAGCCAACUCCUCCAGAGCCUGACAUGAUUGAAUAUGAAAAUAGUUGGGGAACACUCUCAGAGCGAAUACAGCAAUCUGGAGAAAACGGAGUAUUUGAUGGAACGCAACUAGUAGAUCGUCGUAACAAUCAGAUAACUGUAUCGAACGUGAAUGAUUUUUACGUCAGAUUCGCCAUAGCUUUGAUGUUAUACGUCUGUCAACCGCAGCAACAAACUCAUUUUUCUCCCCUCAUUAUCCUUAAGGAUGAUACUUGCGAGAAUCCUGAAGAGCCUAUAGUGCGUAUUUCUGGUCCAAAUGGUCUGUGCGCUGGCGUAAAAGACGGUGACUAUCGCAAUCGAAGAGCAAUAGUAUUGCAGCCUUGUAAGUCCAGCUCUGGUGUGAGACAAAUAUGGACCAUCAAGAAGAACGGAAUGAUUCAAUCCAACGGCAAGUGCUUGACCUGUUAUGGCAAUCAACCUGGAGACUACGUAAUGAUAAAUGACUGCCCAUCUCAACGGACCGACAAAACCCUCUGGAAAGUAUGGGACAACGGAACAAUCGUAUCCGGAACAGGUCUAGUUUUAUCUGCAAACGCAGCGGAUGAAGGAACCAUACUAAGAUUGGAGAACAACAUAUAUACCACCGCGCAAUCAUGGCGUCCUACGACUUAUACGCAACCUUUUACGACAUCCAUUACAGGGCUUAAUCGCCUUUGCUUACAAGCAACAGGAAAAGGAGUCUGGCUGGAGACAUGUGCAAGUGACAAUGAGGAUCAAACAUGGGUUCUUUAUCCUGAUGGUUCGAUAAGGCCUCGCCGAAGCCAAGGUUACUGUCUUUUUGGUGAUAUUAAGAAUGAUAGGAUUGUCCGAAUUGUGAGCUGUUACGCUCUAUCGGAAGGCCAACGAUGGGAGUUUAAGUCCGAUGGUAGUAUUGUGAACCUGAACUAUGACAUGGUGCUAGAUGUGGCAAGGUCUGAUCCUAGUCUCAAUAGGAUUGUCAUUUGGCCUUCCACCGGAAAUGCUAAUCAGAAGUGGUCACCUGUAUUUUGAUCACCAUAUCCUGCUUAUGAAUAUGUUCUCUUAUAACUAAAAAGGGACAACAAAUUAUUGUUGUCUAAUAAUAAAAAUUAUUAUUAUUAAUAA